AUGCGCGAUCUCAUCCGUGAUUCCUUCUUUGGACGACUUCUUCGCGUAGCUACUCGUGGACAGUACCCAAAGUACCCAGAAGACUUUGCAAGCUUCGAAUUGCCGGAAAUGUAUCAACAGCCAACCCCGAGGACCACUUCGCUCACAGCCCCCCGGAAUGCGGCGAGUGAAGAUGCAGCAUCUGGCGAGAGAGCCAGAGACUUGGACGACUCCGAGACCGGGGCGAGAGAUGACAAGAAGCCUGGCCUCCCAGCGAUUCAUCAUCUUGCAACCCCUCUGCGGGCAGGAUCUGAAGUAUCAGACAAAGACGGACAUGUCGAGAAGAAGAGACUUUCCAACGCUGAUAGGACACCAUCAGGCUUUACCGUCGUCACUUGGUACUCCCACGCGGAUUCGGACAACCCUCGCAACUGGAGCAACGGCAAGAAGCUCUGGACAGGUCUCAUCGUCCUCUUGUACACACUUGCCAUGUACAUCGCGUCUUCCAUGUACACCGCGAGCAUCCCGCACAUGAUGGAGAUGUGGAGUCUCGGGCGAGUUGCUGCUUCUCUCGGCCUCUCCAUCUACGUCUUUGGAUAUGGCCUCGGACCAUUGAUCAUGUCCCCUCUGUCGGAGAUUCCGUGGAUUGGGAGAAACCCGCCGUAUCUGAUCGGAUUCUUCUUCUUUGUCGUCCUGUGUGUGCCGAUCGCUCUGGUGGACAACUACGCUGGGAUGCUGGUGCUGCGUUUCUUGCUCGGCGUGGCGGGCUCACCAGCGCUCGCCACUGGAGGAGCAAGCUACGGUGACUUUUGCACCGGUAGGAACACUCCGUCCGCAAAUUCAAUAGACCUCGCUGAAGCUGAUGAUCUCGCGAGGUAUGCAACUGCCUUACGCCAUCGCCAUAUGGGCCGGAGGUGCAUCUGCUGGUCCCGUAAGUAUCCUCGCAGUUGUCAUCGAUCGACAAAUCAGCACUUCGUUCCAAGCUGACCCUCUCUAGUCCAUCGGUCCUCUCGUCAGUAACUUUGCCGUCCAAGCCAAAGACUGGCGAUGGCCAUUCUGGGAGACCCUCUGGCUUGCCGGUCCAAUCUUCCUCGUCAUGUUCUUCACCUUUCCCGAAACCUCGUCGGACCGCAUCUUGCUUGCGCGAGCUCAGCGCCUGCGCAAACUCACCGGACGUACCGAUCUCAUGGCCGAGUCGGAAAUCCAUGCUCAGAACCACAACUCGAGACAGGAGCUGUACUUCGCCCUGAUCAAGCCAUGGGAGAUCAAUCUCAAAGAUCCUGCCGUGCUGUUCACGACGGUCUAUCUUGGGUGAGUACAUCAGAAGAACACCACAUCUUUCCAGAGCUGCUGACCUUUUGCUUCGUUCGUAGCCUCGUAUAUGGAAUCUACUAUUCCUUCUUCGAAAGCUUCCCGAUGGUCUUCGGCCAAGUCUACCAUUUCAGCUUUGGCGUCCUGGGUAUCGCCUUCCUCUGCAUCGUGGUGGGCUGCAUCCUCGCCGUCGCAGUCUGGUGCGCCUUCUUCUUUGUCGUCGCGGACAAGCAGAUGGAAAAGAUGAAGCUGGAAAACGUCCCUCCCGAAGCACGCCUCGCCCCGGGCCUGGUGGCGACCCUCGCCAUCCCCGUGGGCUUGUUCAUUUUCGGUAAGUACGCUCGACGACUUGCUUCCUCCUCCUCCUCCUCCUCCUCCUCCUCCUCCUCCUCUUGCCAUCCCUGGCCAAUUUGCUAACCACUCCCGCCCCCGUGGAACCAAAAGCCUGGACCUCGCGCGCAUCCAUCCACUGGAGCGUCCCCAUGCUCGGCGUCACCCUCUCCAUGCUCGGCAAUUUCAUCAUCGCGCAGUGCGUCCUCAUCUACCUGCCCUUUGUGUACCCGCGCUACAUCUCCUCGCUGUUCGCCGCCAACGGCUUCGCCCGCGCCCUGCUCGCCGCCGCCGCCAUCCUGUUCGCCAUCCCCAUGUUCGAGCACCUCGGCGUCGCGUGGGGCGUCAGUCUGCUGGCUUUUUUGUGCUGCGGGUGUUCUGUGGGCAUUUACGUUUUGUUUUUCUUCGGCGCGAAUUUGAGGAAGAGGAGUAAGUUCGCCGAGUCCUGA